CCCGUCGCCCUGACACCUGAUUGUGAGAGCGGGGACCUCUCACCACCAACACCAGCAGCACCUGCACACAGCUGGAUGAUGUUGGACAUGGCCACCAUGGCCAGGCCAUGGCUCUGGCUCUGGCUCUGCCUGCAGCUCCCAGGUUUCUGUACAAAUCUACUUUCAUCCCAGACUCCAGGGCAUAUCUUAGCCCAGACAAACAGCAGCACAGAAAUCAUCUGCCCGAUGAAGAGGGAUCACACUGGGCUCUACUGGUACCGCUGGAACCAGGGCAGGCAACACUUUGAGUUCUUGCUAUUUUCCAAUCCUCUGGGAAAAGCCACAUAUGGCGCAAACAUCAGCCAGGAGAAGUUCAGCAUUCACGGGAUGAGUUCCCACCACUCCUCCAGGCUGCACAUCAGCCGGCUGCACGGCUCCGACAACGGCACCUACUACUGCUGCACCAUCCAGUCCUCCGAGCUCAUCCUGGGCACUGCGACCCAGCUCAGCGUGGUCGAUGUUUUGCCUCUGCCUUCAGUGUCCACGGUGGCCCCAUUCACCAAGAAACCCACACGAUGCAAAGCCAUCAACAAGAAAGGUGCCUGCAGCCUCCUGGUCUGGGUCCCACUGGCUGCCACUGCCCUGCUGCUCCUGCUGAGCCUGAUCCCCACCAUCCGCCGCUUCUAUCGGCUGCAGAGGAGGCUGUGGCUUCGAGUCCACAGAAAGUAAAUCCUUCUGGAAAAAACUAUGGAGAAUCACCUGUGUGGUGCUGAGCCCUGCUGUGAUGCGAGCCAGGGAGGACACUGCAGAGGACUGGAUCAGAUCCUGCACUGUGCCGAGCCUUUCUCAUGGAGACUUUGGGAGCACAGCAGCUGGCUCUGCACUGGGACUGGGGUAUCAAAUGGAUGCAUCCGGGCUGGAAAGAUGCUCUGGGCUCUGUGCUGGUUGAUGACUUUGGUAAGGAACACUUUGAGAGGUGGCUGCACACCUCGUAAAGAUAUUAGAAAGGGUAAAUAUAUCAUUCAGCUCUGCAGGCUGGCGCCUUGUGGCCCUGAGUUGGGU